CUGUUCUCUUCGUAUUUAAAACCUCUCACUUUGCCUCAUUUUGUCUUUCGUAUCAGACGACGCAACGACGGCGGAACUCCGAUUGUCCCUCCACUCGCUUAUGAGUUAUGGGAGUCGUAUUUUAACAGCUCUAGUCGUUCAUUUCCCACCCACAGUCGCUACUCACUCUCACUUGUUUCAUAACUUGUUUAUUUUCUCUUCCUGUUUUUUUCCCCGGCCUAUUCUUGACUCACGGCAACAUCGCUUCGCAUCACCAACAUGUUCAUGUCUCUGACUCUGGCUCUGCCAGGAGCUCUUCUGCUUCUGGGCAGUUUGUCCGCCGCCGCCGCCGCCGAGCUCAAGCUUGACACACGCGACAACAUUGUGGACUCUGCACGAUCACUCGCUAAGGACGCCAUGACUUUCUACAAAGGUGAGGAACCCGGAGAGACCCCGGGCUUGCUUCCGGGACCCCCGCUCUCCGACGAGAGUGGCGACUACUGGUGGUACCAAGGAGCCAGCUUCUGGGCCACCUAUCUCGACUACUGGCACCUGACCGGGGACGACGCCUACACGGAAAGGAUCGCCAAGGGAAUGCUGUACCAGACGGGCCCGAACAACGACUAUCUGCCUCCCAACCAGACGGCAAACAUCGGCAACGAUGAUCAGUGUUUCUGGGGAACAGCCGCCUUGGUAGCCGCCGAGUACGGUUUCCCUACCGUGGACGGGAAAGCCACGUGGAUCGAUCUUGCAAAGGCCGUCUGGGCCACCCAGGCAUCGCCGGACCGUCACGACGAGACGUGCAACGGUGGUCUCCGCUGGCAGAUCCCCUACUCCAACGUAGGCUACGACGUCAAGAACACGGCUUCCAACGCGUGCUUCUUCAACAUGGGAGCUCGUCUCGGUCGUUUCACCGGAAACGCCAUCUACUCGGAGUGGGCCGACAAGACUUGGGACUGGCUUUCCGGAGCCGGCUUGAUCGACAGCAAAAACUGGGCCGUGUACGACGGGGUUCGCGCCGAUAACUGCACCCACAUGUUCACGGCCCAAGUGUCUUACAACGCCGCCAUGCUCGUCCAAGGCGCCGCGUUCAUGUACAACAACACCAACGGCUCGGACGUCUGGCGCGAGCGUACCGAAAAGCUCACCGAGACCCUCCUGGAGACCUUCUUCCCCAAUGGAACCGCCUACGAAGUCGUCUGCGAGGGCCAAAAGGGGACUUGCGCGGGAGACCUCCUCUGGUACAAGGGCUACGUGCACCGCUGGCUGUCAUCGGCCACGCAGCUAGCCCCCUUCCUCGCCGGCUCGGUCCUGCCCGUCCUCAAGACCUCCGCCGAGGCCGCGGUUAAGCAGUGCGUGGCCGGCUCGUCGGGCCUCGCGAACCGGUGCGGGUUCUACUGGACCGAUGGGACGUUCUCGGAUCCCCAGGCCACCGACAAGACCUCGGGCGCGGGCGAGGCGGUGAACGUGCUCGCCGCGGUGUCUAACCUGCUCAUCUCCGACGCCAGAGCGCCGAUCACCGAAGCUGAUGACAGAGUCGGCGGUAACGGGACCGGCCAGGACGGCUCACCCAGCGCUGCUUCGGGGACGGCCUCGCCGGCGGAACCAACGGUCCCCUCAGGGGCUGGGAGCAUCGGAGUUGAUAUGGGCGUGUCUUUGUUGAUUGGAUCUUUGAUGACUUUGACAUGGGCCUUCUAGACCUUUGGUCGAGUCGACGACGUGUCUGGCAAAACAUCUGCCAUGCCCAGCAACGAACGCGUGAGCAAUUUGCCUCCCCCAUCCAGCGCUUGCAAAAAGUUCAGGGGCACGAGCUGCAAAUAUGCAUCGAUAUAAUUGAUGUAGCCGAGAAUAAGCAAUGAUGCAUAAUGGUGGGAAAAAAGACCCCAACCGUUGUAUAUGCCCGCCUUUUGCGCCCAGUAAAUAGAACAUUUCCCCUGGCUUCGCCCAUUUGUCCAGCCACAUGCAUGCCCGAGAUCCCUAAAGACAGGUAUAAAAGAAGCAAAACCGUCA